AUGAGAGGUGUAGGGAUGACAGAGCAAGAGCUGGAAACAAACAUCAGUGAAGAAUGAAGGCUUUAGUAUGUAUACUGCUGCUGUUGGAAACCUUUGUGUUUGUCGUUCAGCAGCAGGUAGAUGGAGGACUCAAUGAGAAUGAGAUCAGUCAACAGAUCAGCUCUGAGGACAGAAGACAGAAUCCACCUCAAACAGACACUUUGAGAGCUGAAGCUUCAACUGACAGCCAACAAUACUGCAAUCUGGGCAUCCCUGACAUCCAUGCAGCACUGAGAGAACUGACCGCCUCCAUUACAGAGCAGAAAGGAAACAUCAGAGAACUGACCGCCACCGUUACAGAGCAGAAAGAAAACAUCAGAGCUUUAGAGACACAACUGAGGGAACAACAGACGUUUAUCCUGGAAGAGCUGAAGAAGAAAAAUGAUGAAAUUUCAAAUGUUACUCUGAGUCAAGUGGAGGAGUUGAGAAAGGAAAAUAGAGACAGAGAAAUAGCUUUUUCAGCUGGACUGAUGGAAUCUGGCAGUGGAUAUGUUGGUCCUUUUACCACUGAAAUCACAAUAACCUACAGGAACGUCUUCACAAACAUAGGGAACGCCUACAACCCAGUUACAGGUAUUUUCACAGCCCCACUGAAAGGAGCGUACAUGUUCAGAGUCACUGUAUAUGGUCAUGGUGGAACUGGAUCAUCUGCCUCUAUUUAUAAGAAUGGAAAGCACAUGGUUGUGUCAUUUAAUUAUCAGGCUCAGGAUCGGGUAAACUCCUCGAAUGGAGUUGUGUUGAUCCUGGAGGCUGGAGAUGUUGUCUAUGUGAGACUUGGGACUAACACGAGGAUAGCAGAUAGUGAGAAUAACCACAACACUUUCAGUGGUUUCCUACUGUUUCCCUUAAGAGAACAAGAGCUUUGCAGAAUGUGAUUCCAAUAAUUCUGAACCUUCAGCGUAUGAUUUAAGAUGAAAAUCUUUAACAUAUGAACGUCUAUUAAUGAGGGAAAAUGCAUGUUUGAAAUUUGAAGUAGAUUACUGUAUAAAAGUCUGAAUCUAUAAAUGUAACUUUAUAAAACAGUUCCAGCACUGAGACAGACAGGACCCAUGAAUCUCUCAUGUGACUCAAAAGUGUUUUG